AUGUGCACCAACUGCUUGCAUAUUGUUCCUCCUCAAGCAGUGAACCAAACAGACGAUUCCUUAUAUAUAAAUUGUGGAGGAGGCACUGUUUUUUAUGGGAAAGAGUUUGAAGCAGAUAGUGCAACAUCAAAUUACUAUUCAGCUCCAAGAAAAAAUUGGGCUUAUUCUUGUUCUGGAGACUUCGGAUCGAAAACUUACGAUUCCAGUGAUUACAUAAAAAACAUGGAAUGUGGAGAUUGUGAUUCUGCUGGGACUCAGUUAUACAAUUCAAGUCGCCUCUGCCCUCUUUCUCUGACAUACUAUGGCUUCUGUUUAUUUAAAGGAAAUUACACUGUGAAACUUUACUUCGCUGAAACUGUUUACCCAAGUGAUGAAGAUUAUUCGAAUUUAGGGAAACGUGUUUUUGAUGUAUAUAUUCAGGGGAAGAGAGAACUAAAAGACUUCAACAUAAAAGAAAUGGCCAGCAGCACCAACAAGACAUGGACUCAAAAUUUCACAGCAUUUGUAGGAGAUGAUCAUCUAUUGACUAUCCAUUUUUUCCGGGCUGGCAAAGGAACUUUCCUGGAGCCAAGAUUUUUCAAUUCACCUGCUGCACUGUCUCUAAAUGGACCCCUUGUAUCAGGCAUUUCCGUAACUGCAAACUUCAAAGUUGGCACGGGACUAUCUACUCCACAAAUUGCCUUGAUUACUGCAGGUUCAGUAUUUGCUUCUCUACUUCUGUCGGCUUACAUGUGGAAAAUGGGCUUGCUGCAGAAAAGCUAUUUGGAUGAUACAACUAUACAGGUCCAAGGAGAUCAAGGAGAUGGAGAAUCUUUCACCCCUAAAGAAAUAAUCGAUGCUACUCGAAAAUUUAGCCCCAAAAUGGAGAUUGGCAGGGGACGCUUUGGAAUAGUAUACGAGGCUGAAUUGCCGAACAAGAGAAAAUUAGCAGUGAUGAAGAUUUCUCCUCGUAAUUCAAAGCAACAAGGAAAAGAUGAAUUACAAGGGGAAAUCUCCAAACUGAAAUCUUUGGAUCAUGAGAAUCUUGUUCAAUUAUUGGGUGGCUAUUCUAAUAAAGACCUGCAUCUGCUAGUAAAUGAAUAUAUGCAGAAAGGCUCCCUUCAACGUGCGUUGUUUGAACCAAAUUCCACGACAAAACUUGAUUGGAAAGCUAGAUUUGAUAUCUGUCUGGGAAUAGCAAGAGGUUUGAAGUAUUUGCAUGAAGAGAAAAGGAUUGUUCAUGGAAACAUAAAUCCUAGUAAUAUUAUGCUUGAUAACUCUCUUACGGCCAAGUUGUCUGCCUUUGGAUUGGCAACGCUUUGUGAUGAGGAAGAUCAAUUUAUGACCAUCGAAGCAAAAGAGUCGCGAGUUUACAUGGCACCUGAGUAUUCAAUUGGAAAAGCAAUAAAUACUGUUAAAGCUGAUGUUUACAGUUUCGGAGUUGUCCUACUCGAAAUAGUUAGCGGGAUAGUUAGUGCAGAAUAUACACCCAAUCAAGAAGAAGCUAAGUUUCUUCUGGAUAAAGCUAGCGUUUUGCACGAUAAGGGAAGAAUCCUUGACUUGGUGGACCAGAAAUUAGCAUCCAGUUACGACAGAAAGCAGGCUCUUACUGUUUUGCACUUGGCAAUGAAGUGCGUUAAUCUGUCCCCUACUCUUAGGCCUAAAAUGUCCGAAGUCGUCAGUGUACUUGAAGGUGAGAUAAGCCCUCAACAGAUUUCUGAAGGCGAUGAUACUCUAUCAGUAAAUAUUGGAGGACUAUACGGUGCAUCUUCCAAGGUGUUGGAAAUAGAUCCAAUUUCUUAGAUAAUUGGUAAUGUUAAGUUUGAUGAUGAAAACCUUCUGCCUCUUCUUUUUUAUUUUGUAAUUACUUGAUGUGGUGGUGUCAAGAGAACAUUGAUGUGUGCGUGAGAGACUCCAUGAGAAAAUAUGUGUGUUUGCUUCGUCUGCUAUGAUUUAUUUGUGCUGUUAUGGCUGCUCGUAAUUUCGUGAAUUCAAUAAGAUUAUCAUUAGCCA